GCUGGUGCGAGUGCUGUAGAGGCAGACAGGAGGCACACAUGCACCCCACACCGCCGCGGCUCGUCGCUGCUACUGCAGCCGGUGCAGCGAAGGAGACUCACGGCUUUUUCCAUCACAUGGAGGCGGAAUGGCUUGAGAACAGACAACACGGACUCGUCUCGAUCGCCUGAUGCAAGAUGAUUUUCUGACUGUCUGCCUGUCUGUGUGUCCAUCCGUCUUGCCGCGAAUUGCUGCAGUGCUGUUUUUCCAGGUGUUGUGGUGUGUGUGUGUGUGUGUGUGUGUGUGUGUGUGUGUGUGUGUGUGAACGUGUGUGCAUGGUGGUGGUGUUGUAGCCUGGUGUAAUUCUCCUACGAAUUGGACUAAGCCGGAAAACGGAGUCUGAUGUCACAUGUGCUUCAUCGGAGGAGACGGGGCAUCUGCAAGCUGGAUUUUGUGGAGGAUGCUGCGGCAAGUGAUACACAGAGGGCUCAAGGCUUCGUUCUACUGGCUGGGCUUAUUCGUUAGCAGGCACCCCGUUUUCUUCCUCACUGUUCCCGCGGUCCUCACCAUCAUUUUCGGAUCUACCGUACUGAGCCGAUUCAAGCCGGAGACGGACCUGGAGGUGCUGGUCGCCCCUACUCACAGCCUCGCCAAGAUCGAGCGGAGUCUCGCCAACAGCCUGUUUCCCAUCGACCAGUCGAAGCACAAGCUGUACUCGGAUUUGCACACCCCGGGCAGAUAUGGCAGGCUGAUCCUGCUGGCCAAAUCCGGGGGGAACAUCCUGGAGCUGGCCGAUCAGGUCCUACAGGUCCACAAGCAGGUGUUGGAUUUGCGCGUCAAUUACAAGGGAUUCAAUUACACCUUCGCACACCUCUGCGUCUUGAGCCACAGUGAUAAGCGCUGCCUCUUGGACGAUAUCAUCACCAUCUUCGAAGAUAUCAGACAGGCUGUGCUUUCCAACAGCACUUUUCAUAAGGUGCCCGUGAGCUAUCCAAACACAACAUUAAAGAAUGGCCGUGUGUCCUUCAUCGGCCACCAGCUGGGCGGCGUGUCCUUCUCGCCCAACAGCCGUGACCAGCAGGUCAAGUUUGCCCGUGCUGUCCAAAUCACCUACUACCUCCGCAACCAUGGACCCGUGGUGCAGGAUGCCAUCGCCGAGCACUGGGAGAAUGAGUUCUGCGCCCUGGUCAGCCGGCUGUCCACGGCCGAGGCACCCCACGCAACUGACCAGCUCCACAUCCAGUCACUCACCUCCUUCAGCCUGUGGAGGGACUUCCACCAGACGGGCGUGCUGGCCAAGGGGGAGGUGCUGGUCAGCCUGGUGCUGGUGCUCCUGGCCGCAACCAUCUCCAGCUCCAUGCGGGACUGCCUGAGGGGGAAGCCGUUCCUGGGCCUCCUGGGCGUGCUGACCAUCUGCAUCGCCAACGUCACAGCUGCAGGGAUCUUCUUCAUUUCGGAUGGGAAGUUCAACUCUACGCUGCUGGGGAUCCCAUUCUUUGCCAUGGGCCAUGGAACUAAAGGGGUGUUUGAGCUGCUGGCAGGAUGGAGGAGAACAAGGGAAAACCUCCCCUUCAAGGAGCGUGUGGCAGAUGCUUUUGCUGAUGUGAUGGUGUGCUACACCAUGACCAGCUCACUCUACAUCAUCACCUUUGGCAUGGGAGCUAGUCCUUUCACCAACAUUGAGUCGGUGAAAAUUUUCUGCCAGAGCAUGUGCGUUGCCAUCCUGGUCAACUACUUCUAUGUUUUCUCUUUCUAUGGAUCCUGCCUUGUGUUUGCCGGACAGCUGGAGCAGAACCGCUACCACAGUGUUUUCUGUUGUAAAAUUCCCUCAGUGGAGUACCUGGACCGCCAGCCCACUUGGUUUAAAACCAUGAUGAGUGAUGGCCAUGACUUGUCCACGCACCACGACAGUGUCCCAUACCAGAAUCACUUCAUCCAGCACUUCCUGCGUGAGCACUACACAGAAUGGAUUACCAACACCUAUGUCAAACCCUUUGUGGUUAUCCUGUAUCUCAUCUACGCCUCUUUCUCAUUCAUGGGAUGUUUACAAAUCAGUGAUGGAUCAAAUAUCGUAAACCUGCUGGCUAGUAAUUCUCCAAGUGUUUCAUACGCUCUGACCCAGCAGAAAUACUUCAGUAACUACAGUCCCGUGAUUGGGUUUUACAUUUACGAGCCCAUCGAGUACUGGAACUCCACAGUGCAAGAGCACCUGAAGACUCUGAGUCAUGGCUUCAACAAAAUAUCCUGGAUGGACAACUUUUCCCACUACCUGCGGGUGGUGAAUGUGAGUGCAUCAACCAAAAGCGACUUCAUCACCAUCCUCAAGGGCUCCUUCCUGCGCAACCCGGAGUACCAGCACUUCACUGAGGACAUCAUAUUCUCCAAGAACCGUGAGACUGAUGAGUACGACAUUAUUGCCUCACGGAUGUACUUGGUGGCACGGACGACAGAAAAGAAGCGCGAAGAGGUGGUGGAGCUUCUGGAAAAGCUUCGUCCAUUGAUGCUGAUCAACAGUAUCAAGUUCAUUGCCUUCAAUCCUACGUUUGUGUUCAUGGACCGCUACAGCUCCUCUGUCAUCUCACCCAUCCUGACCUCAGGCUUCAGCGUACUCACAAUCCUCAUCCUCACUUUCUUCCUGGUCAUCAAUCCCUUGGGGAACUUCUGGCUCAUCCUCACGGUAACGUCCGUGGAGCUGGGCGUCUUGGGUUUGAUGACCCUCUGGAACGUUGGCAUGGACAGCAUCUCAAUCCUGUGCCUUAUUUAUACCCUCAACUUCGCCAUGGAUCACUGUGCACCACACCUGUACACUUUUGUGCUAGCCACCGAGCACACAAGGACGCAGUGCAUCAAGUUGGCACUGGAGGAGCACGGGGCGGCCAUCCUGCAGAACACAUCCUGCUUUGUAAUCGGGAUCAUGCCCCUGGUGUUUGUGCCUUCCAAUCUGACCUACACACUGUUCAAGUGCUCCCUGCUCACUGCGGGCUGCGCCGUACUGCACUGCUUUGUCAUCCUGCCCGUCUUCCUGACCUUCUUCCCGCCUUCCAAAAAGAGACACAAGAAAAAGAAACGGGCCAAGCGUAAAGAGCGGGAGAGGGAGCGGGAAAGGGAGAGAGAAAGAGAAAGGGAGGAGAUAGAGUGCAUUGAAGUCAGGGAGAAUCCUGAUCAUGUGACAAACGUAUGAGUAGUUUGUAAUUUUAGCAGUGAGUAUCAGUGGGUAUCCAUCAGUUAUUGGUGGAUUAGAGGUGUUCUAAUGGUGAGGCGCCUCUUGAGGUGCAGGGGACUCCAAGAUGCCCCCUAAGGAGUGGACAUUGGUCACUCCCAACCAAUAGCAGCUAAGCUGGCCAGAGUAGAGUGCAUUCCCACUAAUCAGUCAUUCAGUCCUUCAGUCUGGACAGUGUAUCUCAUUUGCACAAACUGCAUCAUGCUCAUGGUUCUAAAGCUCUUUCCCAACUAUUUGGUAUAUAAAAACAAGUUUGUUACCAGCUUGCUAAAUCUGUAAGUGAAUUCUAAACAUACAGUAUGUUAGUUCAUUUAAAUAUUAACAAUUCCAUGUUCAUAUCUUGCAGCCCUUAUCUCAGAAGUGAGACGCUUAGCAGUCUGUUAAGCCAAGGACAAGUUGGUGAAAGUGGUUAGUUUGAUCAUACAAAAGUGUACAAUUUAAACUGUGCAGGCACCUUACUCCUCACACCUAGAUAACAGCAACAAGAAACAAAACCAAAUGUUGUGGAAAGAGAAACUGUGGAAAGAAAGCACACUGCAAGCUUUUCUGUAACAUUAAAAAUAGCUGGACAGCUGAUCUGGGCAGAUGGCAUACACUGUGUCCAUUAUGAAGAAUUAUCUUGCACAUUGCAUCAUGUGAAUAGAACUGUCGAGGUUUAUAUUAGCAGGAGGCAAACUUUUCUGCUUUAUUCCAGAGGUCAUAUAAGGUCUUGGGCAAUGGCAAAAGGAACUGCAUUGGGCUGCAGCAUAUGAAGAGGAAGUGAUAAGUGACUGUUGUGCAGCAGUAUUUGAAAAGGCAGUAAGCCUGAGUACGACUUAAGUAGGCCUAAAUCCUAAACUGCUUUUGCACCAGACCAGUAAAACCAAAAGUGAAGAGUGUUUCCAAGGCUUGAAAUAUUAAACUUUCUAGCAGGUGGAUAACAAUGGAGAGAGUAUGUAUGUGUCCGUGAUCCACUUACAAAAGCUUACUGGCAUGGCACUGGUAAUUGGAAGGUCUGAAUGUGAUUCAAAACUAGCAAUGGUCCCAAAUAGUGUACAGAAUUUUUUGUUUGACAGAUUUAUAUAAAAACAAAAGUCUCAGUAAAUUUGAACUUUCAUAUAAAUCAACCAUGAAUCAUGACUUAUUCAAGCUAAUUUAAUGAUUUCUAUUUGGUUCUUGUUCAGGUUUGUGAAGCAGAUCGUGGAGCAGAAUUUAAAUUAAGCAGUGAGCCUUUUUUUAAAACUACCCUGUCUCUAAAUAGUGUGAAAAACUAAUAGAGAGCCGAAGUAAAACUAGUACUUCCAGGUUUUGUUCCAGAAGUAAGAAAAGCUCAUUCAAAAUCACAUUGAUGUUGUGUAAUCAAACAAAUUACUAAAAAUCCAGUCCAACAACAUAGCCUUGCUCAAGAGCAUGUCAUUCACCCCAUUUGUCUAGACAGGGAUAGUGCAUUUUCAAAAACACAAUGCAUAAUUAUUGUUUAUUUAAUGUUUGUGUUUUUACCAGCCUUUAAAGCUGUACUAAUGACAGAUACUAGCUAAGGAAGAAACAGUUACAAUGAUGUAUAAUAUGCGCAAGGCCGUGCUAGAAAAAUGUCAUGGUUUUAACAGUUUUCUUAAAUGCUAACAAAUUUAUUGUUUAACUUUGUUACAAUCAUGAAGGGUUCAAAUGCUAAUAGCAAGUACUGUAAAAGGCACUUAUUGAUCUUAGAAUAUGGGCAGUAAACCUCAGGAAAGGGUUUCACUUUUUCAGAAAGGCCAAUUAAAGACACCCUGAUAGAUUUCAUUGAGCAAACGGUAGCUAGUGAACAACAUCUAGCCUGGAAGUGACAUCAAGACUUCAGCUCUCUAUUGGGAACAUUAUAAAAGUGAAGGUGCAGACCACUACUGCCACCUUUAGACCUGGAGCUGGUCUUGUCUAUAUAGUAACUGAGUAUAUUGCCCUAAUACUUAAACUUUUUUUAAUCAAGUCGUGCUCCACAAAUAUCCUUCCUUUAAUAUACAGUUUUAGAAGUCCAUAAUGGCUGCCGUCUACUCAGACACUAAACGUUAUUAUCUACACGUGCGAAGGCCCGAUAAGAAUCUCUGUUGCAGUCCCAAAACAAACAGAAUCAAGGUCAGCAGCCCCGACAGAUACUAAUCACUCACUGACCUCUGGCAGGCAGAUCGUAACUGGUAGCAUGUGAUAGAGAGGCCCCAUAUGUGAGCUGAUGUGGCUGAUUGCAGACCGAUCAAUACUUUCUUAAGGGAUUGCUGGCUCUUAAGGGGCUGUCAUUGUAGGGACACUGCUGUCUUGUUUCUUUGUGCUGCCACUGAGAAAGUGAAUGGCUCUCACACAGGACAGCUAAUCUGGCAGCUGAGGAGAGAUUAGAAUGUUCAUAUUGUGCCAUAUAUCAUUGAGAAAUAACUGUUUAUAUUUGACAACGGAGUGCGUGAGGGAAGAUUAUUAUUCAGUAUCAAGUGACAAAUCACUAUUUAUCAAAAAGGCUAUUAAACCCACUUCUUGUGUAAAUUAAUAUCAAUGAACAAACAAGAGACAAAGGUGGAAAACAAUCAUCUUUACCUGUCAUACUUUACCACAUAUAACUUUCAUCAACCAAACAUUGCCCUACUUAGAAAUGAGGAGUUUUUGGCAAGCUACUUCCUGCAGCAGCUGCAGUGAACAUCACAUUAUGUAAAAGCCAUGUCACGUAUGUAUAGCAAGAAGGCAUGAAAUGUUUGAAACAUGGGAAAGAAAUGCAAACCUAAAAUAAUUUACUUCCCAAAAUGGACUGUGUUUGCAUGGCAUUGUAUUGUAUGUAUGCAUGUAUUUAAUUUUUUCUGUAUGAAGUCUGCAUAGUUAUAAUUUUUGCUACGCUAUAGUGACUUAUGUUUGUUGUUUCGAUGCAUAUUCUGUAACACCAUGGGCUGCAAAAGAACAAUAUUAGUCAUAUCUGUUCCAAAACAAAAGCCAGAGGAUAUUUCAUGUGUAAAAUAACUGUAAAUUACUCUUUUCUAUAUUUUUUAAGAAAAAAAAUACUAUAGAAAGAUUUUUAAUGACAGAAUUUUAUUAAAAAAAAGAAUUAAAAGGGGAAAAAGUUGAACACAGUAGGCCAGUAAUAAACAGUGGAAUGUUACCAGUA